AUGUCAACAUGUCUGAAACAUGCGGACAAAGACAGCGAACGCACCAUCGCCUUCCCCGCCGUCGGUACGGGAGGUCUGGGUUAUCCUAAGGACGUCGUCGCCCGCCUGAUGUUUGAGGAAACACUGUCACACAGCAGGAACAACCCGGCAGGUGAUCUGGAAAAGGCCAAGUUUGUGGUCUACGAUCAGCUAAAUUUUGAGGCUUUUUUGUCCGAGCUUGGAGUGAAGAAUCUGGUAAAGACAAUACGCCAGGAACCGACCAAACCACCCCCACCUAAACCACAGAAGCCAGAGGUUUUGCUCGACAUCUACGCGGGCUGUAAGGAGGACGUAGAGUUUGCGACCAACAAGAUCCGCGAGACCGCCAACAGAGAGAGCAAAACUCACGACAUCACCGACAAGCACGGCUGA